AUGCUGUUACCUUCUAUCGACGUUUCAGCAACACCAGUCAGUAUAAUAGCUUAUUCAUUUAUUGGUAUAACAUAUCUAGCAUUUCUAUAUGGUAUCUAUGGUGUUCUACUUACUUUAUUUCAAUUUCUUUGUGUUGGUCGAAAACGAUUUUUUCAACGAAUUGAUCGACCAUCACCACCAUCAAAAGCAAUGGAUCCAAUUUAUGGAAAUCAUGAAAUGAUAAAAUUAAAAUCUUCGGGUAUAUCACUUCAUUAUGUAUCGAAAGGUGUACCAAAUCAACCAAUGAUAUUAUUUAUUCAUGGUUUUCCUGAAUGUUGGUAUUCAUGGCGAUAUCAAAUGAAAUAUUUUUCGAAAAAUUAUCGUGUUAUUGCUAUUGAUCAACGUGGUUAUGGUCUUAGUUCAAAAUUACCAUUUAUUUUUGAUUAUCGAAUUGAAGCAUUAGCUGGUGAUGUUGCUGAUAUUAUUGAACAACUUGGUUAUGAAUCAUGUGUUUUAGUUGGUCAUGAUUCAGGUGGUUUUGUUGCAUGGGCAACUGCAAUACUUUAUCCUCAUUUAAUCAACAAAUUGAUUAUCAUGAAUUGUCCACAUCCAAGUGCUUUUCGUCGACAAUUAUCAUUAGGUCAAAUUCAUCGAUCAUGGUAUAUGUUCUUCAGUCAAAUUCCAUUAAUACCAGAACUAUCAUUUCAAGCAGAUGAUUUUUCAAUAUUUAAAAAAGCUUUUCAUGGAAAAACAACUGGAUUAAUGAAUAAAGAUCAUAUAACAGAUGAAGAUAUUAACGUAUAUAAAUAUAUAUUUUCUCAAGCAGGAACAACAAAAGCUGUACUCAAUUAUUUUCGUGCUUUAUUUCGUUAUCAAUGUGAUUUAGCAUCAGUUCAAAUUACUAUACCAGUUUUACUUUUAUGGGGUUGUCCAGAUCCAACAUUAAAUGAAGAACUUGCUAAUGCUAGCCAAAAAUAUUGUACUGAUAUUCGAGUAAAACAAAUUCCUAAUGCAUCACAUUGGAUUAAUCAAGAUAUACCUGAUGUUGUUAAUAAACAUAUUGAAGUUUUUCUUAAUGAAAUACGUAAUAUACAACCUACAGAAGAUUUUUAA